AUGUCGCAGGUGGACCCUCUGAGCUUGACGCUUCUGUUCAAGAAGCACAAAACUACCGUGCUUUUAAUGCUUCCGCCCCACGAGACGAUCACGACAGCCCAGGAGAUGCUUCUCAAAGCUCUCCAAUCGCGAGGUAUCAAGGAGAUUAACGGGGAUCCUGUACCUGAAGAAUUCUCGGACAUUGAAUUUGGUGUUACGGUGGACAAGAACGACCUAGAAAAAGGAUGGUCGAAACUGGAGAUUGCGAUGCCAGAACUUGAGAACAGCGGAACAUCUAAACGAGGUGCUGGAAAGCAGACCAGUCUGAAAGCAGCGGAUAUACGGAAUGGACAGGUGAUCGCUUUCAGGUUCCGCAAGCCCCGUGAGCAAUCCGAGAAAGAUGGCGACCUCGACAUUGACCUCGAAUUGGAGGAUCCUGGCUGGGACGUCGUUGUUCCAAGCCUUGAUGACGAGGAGGGAAAGCCCAAUUAA